AUGCAGAAGAGUCUAGUGCGGCCCUGGCUAGUGCCACGGACAGCCCGGCUAUGCCGAGCUUACUCCUCACUCGCCGAGCGCCUGCGUAAUGAGCUCACAGCGCGCAAGAUUCCACUGUUUUACGACUACUUACAUCCGCAGCCAUCGCAUCUGUUGAAUAUCUCGCUUUGCGACCUUCUGCCGGCGUCCUCCAUUCCGUGCAAUGCGGCGACCACUCUUCCAUCGAUCAAAUCCCCAUUGCCCUUGCCCAUUGGACACCAUUUGAUUUACUUUCCGCCCCAAGUCACAUUGUCGCAAUUGCUGCCAGACGGCACCGAUAUUCUCCAUACACCCGGAGAUCCAUUUAACCGGCGGUUAUGGGCAGGAGGCAAUCUCCGAUUCCCCACGAAUAGCCCUCUUCUGGAUGGCAGCCGCGCCGUCUGUAUCGAAUCGAUCCGAGAUGUAACCGUGAAAGGGCGGGACGGAGAUGAGAAGGUAAUAGUCACAAUUGAGAGGCGGGUAGGCACAGUACCAGAAGGCGAAGAUGAGUCCCACACGUGGAACCGAAUAUGGACCCAGAACGAGGCCGACGCGGGGGAGUCGUCUGUUAUUGAGAACCGUGACCUUAUUUUCAUGCGGACCAAGAGUGCCGAGCAGGUCCAAUUGGACCAGACGCAAUUUUCGAAGCCCAGUCGCAUUGUCAAAGCGCCCUCCAAUGCGACAUUCCGCCAUGCCAUGGUGCCCUCUAAAGCACUGCUAUUUCGCUUCUCUGCUCUAACCUUUAAUGCCCACUCCAUCCACCUCGACCAACGAUAUACUCAGAGCCAGGAAGGCUAUCGCAACCUUCUAGUCCAUGGACCGUUGUCAUUGACAUUGCUCCUCAGUGUGCUACAGCACCACCUUCAAGGCCUCGGUCUCCAGGUUGCCCGCUUUGAAUACAGAAACCUGGCGCCUUUGUUUGUGGAAGAAGAGUUGUUUGUAUGUGGUAAACCUAAGAAUGAUCACGGUGCUUGGGACGUGUGGAUUGAGGGCCCUAAUGGAGGCUUAGCUGUGCGAGGCACUGCGCAGACCGAUUCAUUGUAA